GGAGCUCCGAUGACACGCGCUCUCUUUCCGUCUUUCACGUGCCUGACUGUCAGGCCCGGUCACACUGCGCAUGCUCAGAGGCAGUGCCCCUGCAGUGUGUGCGUGCUGGCGCAAAGCGCGGCCUUCCGCUCUGUGCUCGUCCUCAUCAUCAUCAUCAUCAUCAACAACAACAACAACCGGACAAAGUGAUUACCGGCUCCCGGUGCGCUGAGACACCCAGAGGAACACGCUCACACCGGCCCGCUGUGACGAUGACGGAGACCGUAAAGUACGUAGACGACGAACAUAAGAGCAUCUUCCUGAAGCUGCUGAACGAGCAGCGCCUGGAGGGCGAGCACUGCGACAUCGCCGUGGUGGUCGAAGAUGUCAAGUUCCGGGCUCACCGCUGUGUGCUCGCCGCCUGCUCCAACUACUUCAAAAAACUGUUCAAGAAACACGAGGUAGACAACUCGUCCGUGAUUGAGAUCGACUUCAUCCGCUCAGACAUCUUUGAGGAAGUGUUGAACUACAUGUACACGGCAAAGAUCUCCGUCAAGAAGAGAGACGUCAACCUCAUGAUGUCAUCAGGCCAGAUCCUCGGCAUCCGCUUCCUCGACAAACUCUGCUCUCAGAAACGAGACGUGUCAUCAGAGGACAAAGACAAGUUUCCCUAUGACAUCGUAAAGAUGGCGCUGCCACCUGAGGCUCAGCUGGCUGCUGAUGCUGAGGUACUCGGGGAGCACGAUGACACACCCACCACGGACGACCUUGUUGAGGCAUCAGCCAAUCAGGAGCUAGAUAAGUCUCCCAGUGCAGCACUUCGUGUGCAGGAAGCCAUCCUGAAAGAGCUGACCAAUGAGGAUGUACACAAGGUGACCUGCUACGACCAGGAUGUGGUGACAGAGAUGGAGGCGGAGCCUAAAGAGCUGGGGGCGGAGCACCACUCCACCCAGACGCUGACAUUUGCAGACAGUAUGGGGGAGGUAAAGGACGAGCAGCCGCCCGGCUGGACGACGGCGACGACAGACAUGAAGUUUGAAUACCUGCUGUACGGACACCGAGAGCAGCUCGCCUGCCAGGUGUGUGGGAAGACCUUCCUGGAUGAGAGUAGACUCAGGAAACAUGAGAAGCUUCACUCAGCAGAGCGUCCGUUCGCCUGUGAGAUCUGCACCAAAGCUUUCACCACGCACGCUCACCUGAAAGAACACCUGAAGAUCCACACGGGCUUCAAACCGUACAGGUGUGACGUUUGUGGGAAAUCGUUCAUCCGAGCUCCGGACCUGAAAAAACACGAACGGGUUCACAGCAACGAGAGGCCAUUUGCCUGCCAGAUGUGUGACAAGGCAUUUAAACACAAGUCUCACCUGAAAGAUCAUGAGAGGAGACACAGAGGAGAGAAACCAUUCGUCUGUCCUUCCUGCACCAAAGCAUUCGCCAAGGCGUCAGAUCUGAAGCGUCAUGAGAACAACAUGCACAGUGAGAGGAAACAGCUGAAUCCACUACAGAGCGACACAGAGACGCUGCAGGCCGCUGCUAUGGCUGCUGAGGAGCAACAUCUGGACACCAUCAGCUGAUCUGAAACAUCUGGACACCAUCAGCUGGUCCUCAUCAGUGUAAUUAAAUUUGUGUUGGCUGGUUGUUUUCAGACUCUGUCAAAGUGUUUUGUUUUUUUAACAUGGACUGAUGACCUCAGCGAUCAUGUGAUAAACAUGUUAAACAUGGACUGAUGACCUCAGCGAUCAUGUGAUAAACAUGUUAAACAUGGACUGAUGACCUCAGCGAUCAUGUGAUAAACAUGUUAAACAUGGACUGAUGACCUCAGCGAUCAUGUGAUAAACAUGUUAAACAUGGACUGAUGACCUCAGCGAUCAUGUGAUAAACAUGUUAAACAUGGACUGAUGACCUCAGCGAUCAUGUGAUAAACAUGUUAAACAUGGACUGAUGACCUCAGCGAUCAUGUGAUAAACAUGUUAAACAUGGACUGAUGACCUCAGCGAUCAUGUGAUAAACAUGUUAAACAUGGACUGAUGACCUCAGCGAUCAUGUGAUAAACAUGUUAAACAUGGACUGAUGACCUCAGCGAUCAUGUGAUAAACAUGUUAAACAUGGACUGAUGACCUCAGCGAUCAUGUGAUAAACAUGUUAAACAUGGACUGAUGACCUCAGCGAUCAUGUGAUAAACAUGUUAAACAUGGACUGAUGACCUCAGCGAUCAUGUGAUAAACAUGUUAAACAUGGACUGAUGACCUCAGCGAUCAUGUGAUAAACAUGUUAAACAUGGACUGAUGACCUCAGCGAUCAUGUGAUAAACAUGUUAAACAUGGACUGAUGACCUCAGCGAUCAUGUGAUAAACAUGUUAAACAUGGACUGAUGACCUCAGCGAUCAUGUGAUAAACAUGUUAAACAUGGACUGAUGACCUCAGCGAUCAUGUGAUAAACAUGUUAAACAUGGCUGCCGUCUGUCUGUUUGUAUUCACAGCAGCUGUUUUUUAGUCGAUUUCGACGCUGUUGGUUUGUGUUGUAAAUAAACGUUCUGUUCAGUUUCAUGAGCAGAGCUGCCGUGUUUUAAAGCACA